UGUUGUUGGAAGAUGGGAAGAAAAUUCUUAGAAAAGAAAGGAAGAAAGCACAAGGCAACGCUAACCCCACUUCCUUUGUUCACUGUCGAUAACCAAAAAAAAAAAAAAACGCUGAGAGUUUCUUAGUUCAUUGAUCAUUCUCUAACAAAUCGUAAAAAUUCCAAACAAGGCAUAAGCAUGGGUCAAGCUUUUCGGAAGCUAUUCGACGCCUUCUUCGGCAACUCCGAGAUGCGGGUUGUGAUGCUUGGUCUUGACGCAGCUGGCAAAACCACCAUACUCUACAAGCUUCACAUUGGAGAGGUUCUUUCUACUGUUCCUACUAUUGGAUUCAAUGUGGAGAAAGUUCAGUAUAAGAAUGUGAUAUUCACUGUUUGGGAUGUGGGUGGCCAAGAGAAGUUAAGGCCACUCUGGAAGCACUAUUUCAAUAACACUGACGGUCUGAUUUAUGUUGUUGAUAGUCUGGACCGCGAGAGAAUUGGCCAAGCCAAGCAGGAAUUUCAGGCAAUCAUAAAUGACCCUUUUAUGCUCAAUAGUGUCAUCUUGGUCUUUGCUAAUAAACAGGACCUGUCGAAAAGGAUUUUGCUGAGGGACCAUGUUAGGAGAUAUAAAUUUGCUCAUAUGCAUGUGACUAGCAGCCCUGAAACACCACCUCUUGAUCUUUCCCACAGUUGUAAAAUCAACCAGAGAGAGGAGCUAUGACACCAAUGGAAGUAUGUGAAGGACUUGGUCUAUUUGAUCUGAAGAAUAGAAAAUGGCACAUACAAGGCACUUGCGCGCUUAAGGGAGAUGGCCUUUAUGAGGGCUUGGACUGGUUGGCUACAACUCUAAAGGAGAGAAAAGCUGCCGGAUUCUCCUCUGUAGGAACCUCCUUCUAAUUGUGACUCCAGCUAUUUUGGCCUGUCAUUGAUGAAUGGUAGAGUUUGGCCAUUUUCAUUAAGGGCUACAGAAUUGUAAUCAACUCUCUUUUCUUUUUAGGAGUUGCAUCAGGUUUCAUCAAUCUGAUGCUGAUGAAGUAUAUAGUUUAGUUUCAGGGUACUUAGAUAUAUGACCCUGUUACAAUGUAUAGAUGCUUAAGCUUGGUGAUGUAAACUAACUUUACACUCGAGAAAAUUCUAAUGGCAUAUUGAUUUUGAGCAAAACAUUACGAGCCUGUCUUAUUAAUUAUUUAGGGUACUUUCCCUAUCU